AUGGCGGCGGCCGCCGCCGCUGCUGCUGCCCUGAGCUGGAGGCGGGUCCCUUCCUCCACCGGGCCGGUGCCCCGCUCCCGCCACGGGCACCGCGCCGUGGCCAUCCGCGAGCUGGUGAUCAUCUUUGGGGGCGGCAACGAGGGCAUCGCCGACGAGCUGCACGUCUACAACACGGCUACAAAUCAGUGGUUUCUUCCUGCUGUUAGAGGAGAUAUUCCUCCAGGCUGUGCAGCCCAUGGAUUUGUCUGCGAUGGUACCAGAAUAUUAGUGUUCGGAGGAAUGGUUGAAUAUGGAAGAUACAGUAAUGAUUUAUAUGAAUUACAGGCAAGUCGAUGGCUGUGGAAAAAAGUAAAACCUCAGCCUCCAUCUAUUGGUUCACUACCUUGUCCUCGACUUGGCCACAGCUUUUCUUUAUAUGGUAACAAGUGUUAUUUAUUUGGUGGCCUGGCAAAUGAAAGUGAAGAUUCAAACAAUAACAUUCCCAGAUAUUUAAAUGAUUUCUAUGAACUGGAGCUGCAACAUGGUUCUGGAGUCGUAGGCUGGAGCAUUCCAAUGACCAAAGGGAUCUUGCCUUCUCCUCGAGAAUCCCACACAGCCAUUGUGUAUUGCAGAAAAGGUUUGGGAAAUCCAAAGAUGUAUAUUUUUGGAGGGAUGUGUGGCUGUCGACUUAAUGACCUUUGGGAGCUUGACAUAGAAACAAUGACCUGGUCAAGACCAGAAACUAAGGGGACGGUGCCACUUCCUCGCAGUCUCCAUACAGCCAAUGUAAUAGGAAACAAAAUGUAUGUUUUUGGUGGAUGGGUUCCACAGACAGUGGACGAUGAGAUUUCUGCUCGUGAUGGUGAAUGGAAGUGUACCAGUUCAUUUUCUUAUCUAAAUUUGGAUACCACGGAAUGGAUAGGUCUAAUCUCAGAUUGUCAGGAAGACAAAAAGAACUUGUUACCCGGGCCAAGAGCUGGACACUGUGCUGUGGCAGUCGGUACUCGUCUGUACAUCUGGAGUGGUAGAGAUGGUUACAGAAAAGCUUGGAACAAUCAAGUUUGCUGCAAGGAUCUUUGGUAUUUAGAUACAGAGAAACCACCAGCACCAUCACAGGUACAGCUGAUCAGAGCUACAACUAAUUCUUUUCAAGUAAAAUGGGAUGAAGUUCCUACAGUUGAAGGAUAUCUUCUUCAGUUAAAUGCUGACUCCCCAGCGCCUACAGUGACUGGUGGAACUGUGGUUCCUGAGACUGCACUGCUGAAUCCACAAGGAAUCAAGCUGGAUCUUCACAGCCAAACAAAUCACAUGGUUCCUAAUCAUGUACAAGUUACAUCUAAUUCAUUACUAAAACUAGAAGCUAAAGAAAAUAUUACUGAACCUGAAAACAUUGUUACACAAGAAGCUACAAAGAAAAACCAUCUAGAUUCUAGAGGAUUCAAAGAGUCAAAUGCCCCCUCGCUUUUGCCAGCGUGCACUUUAGGUCCUCAGACUUCAGCAAAUGUAGCUGAAUUACAUGACUUGGACAUACGAACUGUAAAUCCUGAUGCUUCUGUAUCCAGUACUGUCUCCAGCACACAAACUAUGGUAACCCAGCAGGCUGUUAAAACUGAGUCAUCAAGUACAAAUGGGGCAGUUGUUAAAGAUGAAACUUCACUAACAACAUUCAGUUCAAAAUCUGAAGUUGCUGAAACUACUUUUAUAAUGCCUUCAACCAAGGUCAGCACUGGUCACACAAAUAACUCGACUGUGCACUUAUCUAAAACUACUCCACUAAGGCAGAUGGCAACAGUGAAAACAAGAGAACGACAGUGGUACGAUGUAGGAAUUUUUAAAAGCAACAGUGCUUUGGUGAGCCAGUACUAUUUGUUGCCAGAAGAAAAAUUAAGCAUCUCCAACAAGGUGGAAAAUGCAGAUGUCCCAGACUACAGUUUACUUAAGAAACAGGAUCUCUUUCCAGGCACUGUGUACAGGUUCAGGGUUGCUGCAAUUAAUGGCUGUGGUGUCGGCCCUUUCAGUAAAGUCAGUGAAUUUAAAACCUGCAUUCCGGGUUUUCCUGGGGCACCUUCAACAGUCAGAAUCACCAAGAGUGUAGACUGUAUUCAUCUUUCAUGGGAGCCACCUGUUUCACCUUCUGGAAAUAUCUUGGAAUAUUCAGCUUACUUAGCUAUUCGUACCACACAAGUACAUGAAAACCCAAAUCAGCUUGUAUUUAUGAAAAUAUACUGUGGUCUUAAAACAUCAUGUAUAGUGACUGCUGCACAGCUUUCAAAUGCCCAUGUUGAUUACACCUCCAGACCUGCUAUAGUGUUCAGGAUUUCUGCAAAGAAUGAGAGAGGAUAUGGACCAGCCACGCAAGUUCGAUGGCUUCAAGGUAAAGUGGAUACCAAAUGUAGUGUUAAAUGGGAUUUAUCUGCACUAUGA